GCACAGACGUCCGAACUCCGCUCGCGCCCCUCCACGACGCCUCACGUCUUCGUCUCUUGUUUCGCUUAUGCAUUCUUCCCUGAAAUGGCGCGGUCAAUGCUGUUGUCCCUCCGCGCAGGGCCACCAACAUCUCCAUCGACGCUUCCAUCAUGAUGACGACGACGACGACGGCAACGACGAUGACGAAGAAACAAGAACAAGCGAACGGGAGUCGCCGACAUGGGUCAGCACAGGAUGCACGCCAACACCAUCCGCACAAUCAUCAUCACCAUCACCACCAUCAUCAGCCGCAUCGAGACCAUCACGACGAGGAGGAGGAGGAGGAAGAAGACGAGGAGGCUGAAAGCGAGGAGGAGGUGGGGGAGAAGGACUGCUUCUUCGAGCCCCUUGACCGAAUCCCAUCGAGCGUCUCCUUCCUUGUCGACCUUCCCUCCGACUCCGACGAAGACGAGGACGACGACGUCCGCUUUUCCUUUGCCUCCGCGAUCGCCCCGCCAACCGACCUCCGCUGCGUCACCUUCUCUCGAGAAGAGUUCCUCGUCGAACACAAUGACAACCCCGACCUCGGCGGCUACGACUACGACGUUUGGAUGGCUGAGCCCACCUCCAUCAAGGAGCGCCGCAGCCGCCUCCUCCAGGGCAUGGGCUUCGCCAGCAGCAAAGACCUCGCCGCCGCCCUGCGGAACCGCAGCAGCAACCUGAAAGCCGUCAGCACCGCUCCCGCCGCCAGCGGCGAACACGCCCUGGAAUCUGGGUUGCCACCUCCCUAUCCCGCCCCGUCGCAGAACCAGCUGGCGAUCGUCAAAUGCCGAUCCGACAACGAACUGGUGACGACGCGGGGCGCCCCCCCCUCCGCCGAGCCCGCCCUGCCGCGCGCCGCCUCCGCCCCGCCAACCCUCUGGGGCCACAGCGCUCAGCAAAAGACCGGAGCCGGCGGCGGCGCCGCCGGUGUCAAAGAAGCGAAGGAAGGCGGCAGCCUCGUGUCCGCCAACGGUGGGGUGUGCCGAGUCAAGAACCUCGAUACGGGGAGGGAAUUCGUGGUCAGCGAGCUGGGCAAGGACGGGACAUGGCGGCGGCUCAACGACGUCCAGACCGGGUCGCAGAUGUCCAUGGAGGAGUUUGAGCAGUUCCUCGGCAACUCCCCUAUCGUCAAGGAGCUCAUGCGCAGGGCGAAUCUGCGCGGCAGCGGCCGCGAGCCGCAGAGCAACGACCAGCCCGUCCCGUCCCUCGACGGCUCCAAGAGCUCCAAAUCGGGCUACAGGAAGAAAAGGGGCUGGCUCAAGAACAUCAAGUUCGUGGCGAGCUCCGUGACCGGGCUCAAAACGGAGAAAGAGAAGGGGGACGCCGGGUGGAGGGCGGCAGGGAAGUCGUCGGCCGACAGCUCGUCGGAGCUGAUGAAGGUUCGCCAGCACGGCAAGUCCUACAAGGAGCUCACGGGCCUCUACAUGACCCAGGAGAUCCACGCCCACCAGGGUUCCAUAUGGAGCAUCAAGUUCAGCUGGGACGGCCGGCAUCUGGCCAGCGCCGGAGAGGACCGCGUCGUCCGUGUAUGGCAAGUCCAAGAAUGCGACAUCCUCUCCUCCCCGCUACGGCGCCAAGAGGCUCGCUCUUCUCGCCUGUCCAUGGCGGAUGGAUCCCCAGAGCGCUCCCCUCUCCUCGGAACCCAGCCCUCGAAGAGCACCAAGAAGAGCAAGAGCCGCAAGAGGUCCGUCCCUGACUACAUCGUGAUGCCGGAGGUCAUCUUCUCACUCUCAGAGAAGCCCGUUUGCUCCUUGGAAGGUCAUCUGGAUGAUAUCCUGGACCUCUCCUGGUCUAAAUCUCAGCAUUUGCUAUCAUCGUCGAUGGACAAGACGGUCCGAUUAUGGGACAUCGAAAGCAAGCAGUGCCUGAAGCUAUUCGCCCACAAUGACUACGUAACAUGCAUCCAGUUCAAUCCAAUAGAUGACAGGUACUUCAUCAGUGGCUCUCUUGAUUCCAAGGUUCGGAUAUGGAGCGUACCAGAGCGUCAAGUCGUAGACUGGAAUGAUCUCCACGAGAUGGUUACCGCCGCCUGCUACACCCCUGAUGGCCAGGGUGCUUUGGUUGGCUCACACAAGGGGAGCUGCCGGUUCUACAAGACCUCCGACUGUAAACUUUCUCAACAAGGCCAGCUGGAUAUACGGAUCAAGAAAAAGAAAUCCCAUGCGAAAAAGAUCACCGGAUUCCAGUUUGCUCCCGGCAAUCCAUCCCAAGUGUUGAUCACCUCUGCUGAUUCGCGAGUUCGGGUCUUCGAUGGCCCCAAUAUGGUUCACAAAUUUAGAGGAUUCCGAAACACCAGCAGUCAAAUCUCGGCGUCGUACGCGUCGGAGGGGAAGUACGUGGUGAGCGCGAGCGAGGACUCGUACGUGUACGUAUGGAAGCGAGAGGCGGGGCGCGUCGUGGGCGCCGCGGGCAAAGGCAAAAGCUGGACCACCACCCGCUCCCACGAGUACUUCUACUGCAAGGACGUGUCCGUCGCCAUCCCGUGGCCCAGCGCCGGAAGCCAGUGCUCGCCGCUGUCGCUGCCGUCGCCCACAUCCGGGCGCUUCGACCGGCGGCCGCCGCAGGAGGAACCCCUUGGCUGCACCGACUCCCGGCGCUCCACCGCCUCGCUGGAAGACAUCUUCCACAGCGGCAGGAGACCCGCGGCAGCUCUCUCCAAGAAGAGCUUCUCGGAGCGGGGACCGUCGUCCCACCGGGAGGAGUUCAGGAGCGUGUCCCGCUGGGGGAUCGGCAGCGACUCGUUCGCGUCGGGUGGGGCGGCCUCGUCCGUCGUCUCCGAUCCCGGGACCCUCUCUUCGUCCUUCUCGUCCUGGGGGUGGUACAGCGGCGGCAGCACCAGGACCAGCAGCACCGACCCCCCGAACGCGUGGGGUCUCGUCGUCGUCACGGCCGGCCUGGGCGGCCACAUCAGGAUCUACCAGAACUUUGGCCUGCCGCUCCGCCUCGGCCGCCAAACCAAUCUAUUCUGAAAAAGACAUCUUCCUUCGCCGAUUUCCUUUGCUUGGAUCAAGAUUCCGUGACCAUCUUUUUGGAUCUUGAGCAACAUCAGAUGCUGCCACCACCAGAUUCUGCUGGGGAGAGCUACCGAACACAACAAUCUUUGAUGCCAGCGGUUGGUGGCGCAGCAAUCAAAGUGUAGUCAUUAGUGCUGUUGUCUUCUUGCAAGGUGUCGUCUUUGGAAGCAUAUUUCAUAAUGUACAGAAGCAAACUUUGCCUUUCUGUUGCAACGAUCUCCUGUAAUUGUUGGAAGCUGAUGGUCUUAAAGGAGAAGAAUCAAUUCCUGA